GUCUAACCAUCUAACCAUGUGAUCAUGUCCUUGACAACCGAAAUUUUAGUCAUGUAGAAUAUUAAGCAUUACUUUGAGGUUCGAGUGAAUCUUUUAGGAGAAUGACAAGGCAUAGUGAUUUUAUUUUUAAAACAAAUUUUCAAUUAUUUAAGUUGUUUAAAUCCUGAGCUAUAAAAGAAAACUAUAAGCCAGAAAUUGAAAAGCAACAAAACUACACUGAAGCGUUUCACAUUUACUAAUAUAAAUGUUUUGUUCAGUGAUGAGAUCAUUCCGUGAUUGUGAUGAGGUGUUAGCAUAAUUUGGAGGGUGAGCAUGUCUAUUGUAUCAUGAUGUAAGAUGGUGAAGAUGGAAAGGCACCUUUCUAAAUUGGCGGUCAUCCAGAGAGAGAACGAGAGGUGGGCCGAGAAGAGAAGACUUCUUCUAAAGAGGAUGGGCAAGGAGGUGGAUAUGGUCCAGGAGUGCAACUUAUCCAGGCACCCGACGGUGGAGUUCACUCUUGACGAGGCCUUCAGGAUCAUCUACAUGCCGGGUGAAGAUGACACUCGAGGAGAAGCCGGAAGGAUGUCCGCAAUACUGGAGGAGUCGCAGGGGGUGUCCGCGAUCUUUGAGGAGUCGCAUGGUAUAUCCGAGGUCUCUGAAGGGUCGGAAGACUCUUAUGCAGAACUCGAAAGUAAAGUCGUCGAAGAGGAACCUCUCGCCCUUAUGGACGAAGCGAAUGAAGACGGCAACUUGGGUAUCGAUGGAAAUGUAAAUUCUGGGAUUUAACAUCUAAAAUUAUAUGAAUGAUUAUUAUGAA